AUGCUCCGCGACGAGCUCCUUCAGUCUAAGAACGAUGAGAUCGCAAGCUGCUUGCUGCGUCGAAAGCGAAAGCUUUCAGAGUUGUACUUUGCGACCGUGACAGUUGGCGGCGCGACCGGUGACUCGCUGUACCAGCAGAAAGAACAGGCAUUUCUCGACGCCAACGAUCUCUCCAAAGGUCGUUACUUCAAUGAAGCCACUCUGCCUGUGCCCGCCCAUGCGCGAGCGCGUUCAACAGGAGCUCCUGAUUCAAAAGCACAGCCUGUCGCCGGCAUCACGCCACCACCAACUGUUGAUGGUGGUGCCCCUCCAACCGAAGCUCACUCUCGUGGGACGUCUGCCUUAACUCAAACUGGAACUGCUACGCCAGAUGUCGCAUCGACUCCAGUGGAUGCGACAGGGUCAAAUCUGUCAUCCGCCACUAGUCCAAAGGCAUCGCAUGGCCUUGACGUCCCGACUCCGACUGCACCCUCGAUUCCAUCCCCACGCGCCCAGAAAGCAACUGCACCCGUACCACAGACGACGCCCAGCGCCCAGAAUCGCGAUGGAGAGAAGAAAGUUCCACUCGCCACAGGCACUGCGCAGUCACUGGAGAUUCCUCCCGACCCCUUCCCCCGCAAGAAACCCGACAUGCGAUCAUCUCUUACUCUCGGACACUCGCACCCUGAACAACCAAUCUCCCCUGCCUCGUCUGCCGAUCCUUACUCUAACAAUACCCCUGUCCCUGUGGCCGCCUCCCCCGACACCAGCCCCGCGGAAGAAGUUGCCGAUGUUGGGAAGAUCGAAGUCCCAAGUCCUAAACAUGAUCGAUCCGUGCAGGCUCGCCCAAGCUUGGUUCCCUCGACCCCCGAUGAGCAGUUGCGGAUGGAGGAAGCACAAUCGAUUCAACAAAAAUCUGGCGAUGGGACGGAAACUGCGGGGUAUCCUUCAUUGAGCCAGGUGAUCCAGGAAAGCGUGGGCGCAGCGGCAGACCAAGAUCAGAUGGAGGUUGAUCAAGAACCGACAGUGGAGACUGCUGAAGCGCGGCUGCCUGAUGGGACAGUUGCCGCAGCGGCUGAUGCAUUGUCGCCAACUGCGCGCUUGCCCGAAGAAAGCCAGCCCGCAGACGCGUCCGCGAGGAAGCUCGUAUCCAUUCCGCCCACUCAACCUGAAGUCUCGCAACCGGAACGCAUGACGACUCGAGUGUCCUCUGGUGCUAUUCGACACAAGUCAGUUUCUGAGAUCCUGGGCGAGGCCCCGAGAACACUCGUGCAUGAGAAAGGCCAUGCUAUUGUCGUCGCCGAUCAAGGAUCACCUGAUGCUGUGGCAAGACUGCGAUUCAAAGACCGCAAGGACCGAGAGAAGGAAAGAACCAGACUCUCAACCGUUGUCUUCCCGAAGCAGCCGCCUCAGCAAGACAAGGUUGAUUCCAUGGAUCUCAUCCACCGAGAUACUGGUGAUGCGGUGGCUAAGUUGAACGAGGAGCAAGAUUAUCUGUUCACACUGUUUUUGAAUCGCGCCUAUGCUCCACCGCGCGGAACCAACCUGAGCACACUCCUUACCUCCGCCCAUAAAACCCUGAGCACGGGGAACCAUCUGCUUGAAUAUCAGGAGCAGAUGGACUGUCGAACCCUUCGGCGGAUUUAUGCGCUCCAAAAUGCGAAUAGAUGGCCCCUGCGGCAACUCAAGCGCUCGGUGGAGCCCCCACGCCAGGGGACCCAUUGGGAUGUGAUUUUGGAUCAUAUGAAGUGGAUGCGCACUGACUUCCGUGAAGAACGAAAAUGGAAGCUUGCCGCCGCCAAAAGCUGUGCCGAUUGGUGUGCGGAGUAUGUCAAUAGUGACGAGGAACACCGCACUUUGCUUCGUGUUAAUGCGAAGAUCCCUACGCCGGAUCCGGGGGAGAAAGCUGCUCAGAAGACAGGCGUGGCCUCCCCCUCCGAAGACAUGGGCGACGAAGCGUUCGGUGCCUCCCAUCCUACUCCGGAUCUUGUGCCAUCUGCCGAGGAAGAAUCGGUCAGCGAUGGAUUCAAUGAUGAGCCACGGCAUGAUAUCCGUGACACGGUCGCCCCUGCUGCCAUCUUCUCUCUCGGCUCCGAUGAGUUCAACUUCUCCGUGGACAUGACUCCUGCCGCUGAAAAGUUGCUUGACGAAUUGCCUAUCUACACACCGUUACAGGUUCCGUCAAAGACGAACGCGCCUGUUUUCAAGGAAUGCCCAGAUUCGGUUUGGAAGACCGAAAUUCUGCCCGUAUCGAAGUUUGCUACGACGAAGGUCGCUUUCCAAGAUGAGGAGCCUCCUCGCAAGCGGAGUAGAUAUGACUACUCGCAGUAUGACACCGGAUCUGAGCACCGCGUUACUGAAUUACCUCCUGAGCAGAGCAACGUCGCACUUUUCCGCCCUGAAAACAAACACAUCCGUGACAGAAUCCAUCCUGGUCACUCUUUCAGACCGCCAACUGAGCAUCCAAUGCCGUCUGUCGGGUUCUUUGAGUCGCGGCAGUCGUCGCAAUGGACUCCCGCAGAAGAUGAUGAGUUGCGCUGCUUGGUGAAGGAAUAUUCUUACAAUUGGUCUCUGAUUUCUAGCUGCCUGACUCCGUCAUCGUUGUUCACUUCUGGAGCUGAGAGGCGGACGCCAUGGGAAUGUUUUGAACGCUGGGUGGGGCUGGAGGGUCUUCCGGCUGAUAUGUCGAAGACCCAGUACUUCCGGGCUUACCAUCAACGACUUGAAACGGCCCAGCGCACUGUUGUGGCCCAGCAACAGGCUGCUCAGCAACAGCAGCAGCAACAGCAGCAGCAGCAAGGCAAUGCGGCCCAGCCGCAGCCGCCGAUUCGUCGGAGGACGACCCAGCCAUUACGUGUUGACCGCCGAAGAUCCUCGAAGCAUCUUGCAUUGCUUGAUGCUAUGCGGAAAUUGGCCAAGAAGCGGGAGACAAUGCUUCAAAAGCAGCAGCACGCUUCUCAUCUCGCUUCUCUGAGAAAGGCCAACGAGGCCAAUCAACCCAAACCACCGAUCUCAUCACCGGCGGAAUUCAGUCGACUCAAGUAUGACCGUGAAAUGAAGCUGCAGGAAAGACAAGAACAGUACCGGCAGCAAAUGAUCGCCCAGCAAAGGGCUAGUCUCAAUGCUCAGCGUACCGGUCAAGCGCCUAACCAGCAGCAACUGGCGAAUGCGUCUGGACGAAACCCCAACUUGCCCGCCAACUCUGGCAAUCCCGGCAUGUCUGGCGCUACAUCCAACGGGGUGCCUAAUGGCGUGCCAGCUGGGGUUGGCGUCAACCAAAGCCGCCCUCACCCUAUUCCGAACAUGCCUGCGGGGGCCCAAGCCAACGGCCAGAUGCCGCCCAACGCCAUGGCGAUGAAAAUGAUGCCGCAAGCUCAAACGCAACAGCCCGCUGGGGCUCGACCUGGGAUGCCGAUGCAAACAUCCCCAGAUAACGCGCGCGUCAUCCGAGAAGCGAAUCGACUGCAAGAACAACAACGCAUCCUGCAAUCUCGGCAGCAGCAGCAACAGCAUCCGCACCAGCAGGGUCAGCCCCAGCAAGCCCAGCAGCAAUUUCACAACCAACAACAGUUUGGCCAGGGAACCAGCUCGCCAAGCUUGAAUAUGCCCAACGUCAACGGGGGGCCCAAUAAUCCUGCCAUGAUGGCCGCAAUGCAGGCACAAGGAAACAUGCAAAGCCCAUCAUUCCAUAGCGGUACGCCGCAGGGUGUUUCGACCCCGUCGCCUCGCAUGGGUCAGCCCAAUCCGCUUUCGAGCGGUGUUGUGCCGACUAUCAGCAACAUCCAAAGCCAGAUUCAGCGGAGCAAUCCGAACCUGCCCCCAGAGCAGGUGAACAAGUUGGCCACCGAGCGUCUCAAUCAAUACCAGCAGCAGCGCAUGUCGCAGCAGGCAGCAAUGAACGCGGCUGCCGGUGGCAUGAACGCGGUUCAGAACAAUUACCAAGUCCCGCAUGAUGGAGGUUUCCAGACGCCCUCGCAGCCCGGAAUGCCUAACGGAGGCCCCGCGAUGCAGGUUCCUCAAAACCAAGGAUUCUCACCGAUGAUGCGGGUUCCUCAGCCUGGUCAGCAGAAUCGGGUUGGCGUCACCAGCUCACCAGCCAUGAAUGGUGCAGUCCCUCAACCCAGCCGGAGUGGAACCCCCCAGACCCAGCGCAGUGGCAGCGCUCAGGGUGGCGCCGUGCAGGGCUCCAACAAGAGUCCGCAUCCACCGGCGGCUCAGACAGCCAGCAGCUAA